GGCGGGCUCGGCGGCUAUACAGAGGUGCUCUGUGACGGGGAGCGCGGGGGGCGGGAGGUGAUGGGGGAUGCUUCGUGUGCUGUGAGGCAGGAGGUGCUGGUGCGGACCCGGGAGGCAGUGGGGGUCUGUGGCCCUGGGGGUGCACUUGUGAUGGGAGGCAGUGUGGGGGAUGCUACGGGGCAGGGAGACCUGGCUGUUACGGGGCUGGAUGCGGUGGGGCUGUUGGCGUGGGCAGCUUUUGAGGAUGGGGCUAAAUAUCGGAAAGUGUCUGGGCGCUGUGGGGCUCGGUGCUACUGAACCGGGGGAGCCGGGCGCUGUGAAGCCACGGGGAGGUGCCACAGGGCUGCGCCUGGGUGCCUGGACCUGGCAGGGGAAGGCCUCGUCUUUGCCUGGGGUGGGGCCAAAUCCAAGGUUCCCCACCCCUUGGCUGUGAUGUUGCCGAUGCUCUUGUCUCUGCUCGCGGUCGCUGUCCCAUUCCUAUGGGCUCGGUGCCUCGCUGGGAUGUGGGGAUGGCCAUGGGCAGGGCGAAGGCUGGAUCCCAGUGCUCGGCUGGGCAGGGGAAAGUUGCGUGGCUCUGCUGGAGCCUCAUCUCUGUGGCUGUGCUGCUGUCUUCAGGCUGGUGCCUGGGGACAGUGGGUCUUGCUCUGGAGAAGGCUGUCUGCCUGUCCCGUGGGUUCCCUCCCAACAGCCGCCGCUGUUGUAGGUGAGGAAGCUUCUCCAGGGGGCAGGAAGAUGCUGUGUCUUUGGAGGAAAGGGCUGACCUCAACAUCUGCUUCUGGCUGCAGUGUUUUGUCUUUUACCACACUGACAACAUAUGGAUGUGUGCCACCCAAAGGCUGUACGGCAGGAAGUUGUUGCUCCACUUUGCACCUGCUUUUCAAGGAAAAGCUCUUGGCAAGCCAAAGGGGAAAUGUGGAGAAGAGGGUGAUGCAGGCGUUUGCAUAUCUCACCUCUCCUGUACCAGGGUAUAGAAAGCCUGGUCAGGAGCAAUGCCUGUGAUCUGGAAUGGGCUGCUGAGUCUGGGGUCCUCAUAUCCAGCAGAUCCUAACCUUGGGGUCAACCUCACACUCCUCAGACAGAGUGGAGGAGAGCCCUGGCUCCUCUGGGCAGCCCAUCUGGAUGCUGCAGCUUCUGCCCUCACCCUCCCUGCUGCUCCCCAGGGACUGUCUAGGUGGGCACAGCAGCGCAGAGGGACAAUCCCUGCGGGAGGGACUCUGAGCUCUGGCACCAGUGCCUGGCACCAGACCAAGGCGAGUGCUUGGCCCAGGCUCAGAACGUGCCUUGGCAGGACCCCGGGGCAGCCUUGCUGCUUAAUAUUGAUGGGUAUUGCCUGCACAGAGACCUGGGGGCCCCAGCCCUGCAGAUCGUUUUCCCAUAUGCUGGGCCAGAUCAGGUUCCUCAUCACUCCUAGCAAAGCUUUCAGGUGGGACGAGGGGCUCAGCAGGCAGGGGAGCACUGGCCCAGGGCUGGUCCUGGUUGCUCUCAUUUGCUGGUAUGUGGCACUGUUUAAGGAUCCAGGCGAGGAGAAGGAGGAAGUGUUUGGACUCUUGGAGUGAGGUUGGCAGGGCAGCCUCUGCAACCUGGUCCAGAAGGUAAACCUUCCCUUGAGGUGAAGGGAAAUAGCACCCUACUUUUUGGGGAUAAGGAGGGACUAGGGGUGGAGGGGUAAUUUUGCACUGUCUCCUUCACAUGUUCCUUGGAUUCCCCUAUUCCUGAACAUGUUGGGAAGGGCUGAAGUCAUCCCUGGAAAUGGCCCAGCAUCCUGGAUGCUCAUGUCUUCUCUGGUUUCCUCUGAGUCAGACUCUCCGUGUCACUCCCCCGGCCCCCUCCCCGCUGGGAAAGACGAGAUGGGACCAGAGAGCACCUGAGCCCAGAUGCUGAGGGGCCUGUGCCCCCUGAUCCAUGCAAAGAGACAUCCUGGCGACACCAGCCCCGCAGCCUCCAGGAGCCUGGGCUCAUCUUCUCCAGCUCGGCAUCCUUGGCAGUUCAGGGAGCUGCACUACCGGCAUCAGCGCGUCAGGGAGGGGAAACCCUUCCCGAGGGACAGCCAGACAGCAGGGUGGCCUGCCCACGCCGAGCUCCUGUCCCCCCAGGCGAGGUGCAGCAGGGAUGAGGAGCCGGCAGCGGAUGUUUGCUGCGGUGAUGCGCCUGCUCCUCAAGUGCCUGCGGCUGGGCCGGCGGCGGCGGUUCAAGCUGGUGCGGCAGGUGGAGCAGCUGUGGCACUACGGACACCUCUGCCUCCGCUCCCUGCUCUACAACUCCUUUACCAACGGCGAUGUGGUGCUAGACUCUCUCUUCGAGCCGGUCUACUGGCUGGUGGACCAUGUCACCCGCUGGUUUGGUGUGGUGUUUGUGGCACUGGUGAUUGGGCUGACGAGCUCUAUUGUGGCCAUCGUGUACAUCUGCCUGCUGCCCCUCAUCCUGCAGACCUACACACCUGCCUGGAUAUGCUGGCACCUUGCCUAUGGACACUGGAACCUCAUCAUGAUUGUCUUCCAUUACUACAUGGCUAUCACCACUUCACCUGGGCACCCACCACAGGCCAAGAAUGACCUCACCGGUGUGUCCAUCUGCAGGAAAUGCAUUGCACCUAAGCCAGCUCGCACCCACCACUGCAGCAUCUGCAACAGGUGUGUGCUGAAGAUGGACCACCACUGCCCCUGGCUAAACAACUGUGUGGGACACUACAACCACCGCUACUUCUUCUCCUUCUGCUUGUUCAUGACCAUGGGCUGCAUUUACUGCAGCAUCAGCGGCUGGGAGAUGUUCCGGGAUGCCUACGCAGCCAUUGAGAGAAUGAAACUGCUUGAGAAGGAGAGACUGCAGGUGGCUGCCAACCAGACAUACUACCAGACCCCACCACCCACCUUCUCCUUCCGCCAGCGAGCUUUCCACAAGAGCGUGGUCUACCUUUGGGUCCUGUGCAGCUCGGUUGCAUUGGCCCUGGGUGCCCUCACACUGUGGCACGCUGCCCUCAUUACCCGCGGGGAAACGAGCAUUGAACGGCACAUCAACAGAAAGGAGAGGCAGAGACUGCAGAAGAAAGGCAAGGUGAGCAUAGUCCAUGGCACGCGGGCUGGCUGGGGCAGAGCCAGACGUGAUGUGCCACUCCCUGUCCUGCAGGUCUUCAGGAACCCCUACAGUUAUGGCAGCUGGGAUAACUGGAAAGUGUUCCUGGGUGUGGAUGUGCCAAGGCACUGGCUCACCCGAGUCCUGCUGCCCUCUCCUCACCCGCCCCAUGGAACAGGCCUGAGCUGGGACCUGCCUCCCUGUGUGAUGGAGCAACGCGCACCACUUCUGGCAAUCUGAGGCCCUGUGCUCUGGCCAUCCCUUCCCACAGGCAGGAGAGCGCAAGGGGGACCCGCUCCGCCGCUCCAGCUUCCUUUGGCCAAAGUGCCUGGCAGAAGGCUGGCACAUAUCGCUUACCAGAGCCAGAGCCAUGGGAGACUCUCUGGACAGUGCUGGUGCCUCGAUACCUGCCCCCUUGGCUCUUGGUGGCUGCAGGCAGCCCAGGGGCAAGGUGGCAGAGCUGCUGCUCCCUGCUCCAGCUAACAGUGCUGGCCCUCAUUAGCACAGGUACAGACCAGCAUUGGCCCAGCUCAGCUCUCUGAAGGGCUGGGUGCAGAGGAUGGCACCCCCAUCCCUCCAAGUGCUCCUCGGGGAGUCUUUUUAAGACCAUCUACUAAAUACUGUUUUUUUUUUUAA